AUGACAGUACCCCCAACCAGGACCCCCAGACCAGGACCCCUGACCUGGACCCCGAACUUGACCCCUGACCAGGACCCCCAGUCCUGGAUCCCUGACCCGGACCCCCGACCAGGACCCCUGACAGGACCCCUGACCAGGACCCCCAGACAAGGACCCCUGACCUGGACCCCGAACUUGACCCCGACCAGGACCCCCAGUCCUGGAUCCCUGACCCGGACCCCCGACCAGGACCCCUGGCCAGGACCCCGACCUGGACCCCGGACCCCUGACGAGGACCCCCGACCAGGACCCCUAGACCAGUACCCCCGACCAGGACCCCCGGCAGGACCCCCGACCAGGACCCCUGACCAGGACCCCAGACCAGGACCCCUGACCCGGACCCCCGACCAGGACCUCCAGCCAGGACCUCCGGCCAGGACCCCUAGACCAGUACCCCGACCAGGACCCCGUUCCAGACCCCAGACCAGGACCCCCGACCCAGACCCCAGACCAGGACCUCCAGCCAGGACCCCCGACCAGGACCCCUAG